UCAGCACACGCCCGUGCCCAAUGGCAAACAGCUGUCAGGAAUGCCGACAACAACAACCACGACGCUAUGGCGAACUUGGAAUGGGUGUGCGUGCCGCGAUGCUACGAGGUGCGAAAGAACCGCCUGGCUGGCCAGGCCACACUGGAUCAUCCGCUGAAGCAACAAACGGUGACGGUUGUGGACAGCAAUCCCUUGAGCCGCGCUCUUGAGGGCACCGAUCCGCUGACGCAGUUUGCCCGCCAAGAUGAGGAGCUUAACGAUCCGCUCAGUCAAAUUGUCAGCGAAUUUGACCUCAAGACGAAGCGUCGCGAGCGGGACAGGGCGGAGCCGGAGGAUAACACGCUGCAGUGGAGCAGCCGUCGACUGGGCAUCCUCAACCGCUUCACCACCAAUGAGAAACUAUCGCUCUCAACCAGUUUCCUGGUGGCAUCCGGAAGCUUGGAUGGCGGCAGCGAAAGCAUCAAAGCGCAAACCGUGGUGGCCGACAAGACGAAGUACCGCCUGGAGCAGUUGGAUCACUUCGAUGAUGGCAGCAUGCGCCACAUGAUGGAUCUCACGCAGCAGGAGUACAUUCAGCGGUUCGAGCAGCUCAAGCAGGAGCUCAUCCAGUCCUGGCACAACGAUCAGCGGGUAAAGGCACUGAAGAUAGCCAUACAGUGUGCCAAGAUGCUGGCGGACACCACUGUGUUGCAGUUCUAUCCGAGUCAGUAUGUGCUCAUAACGGACAUCCUGGAUGUUUUCGGGAAGCUGGUAUACGAUCGACUGCGUGCCAAAGCUUCGGGCGAUCCCUCAUCUUCGGCGGCCACGUUGGAGCGGGAACGGGAGGCUGCUCGGGAUACAUGCCAGAACUGGUUCUACAAGAUAGCCUCUAUACGGGAAUUGCUGCCACGUCUCUACUUGGAACUCUCAAUAUUUAAGUGCUACGAGUUCCUGUCAUCAUCCCGCGAGGAGUACGAGCGAAUACUGCAGCGGUUGACUCAUCAAUUGAGGGGUAUAGCCGAUCCAUUAGUAUCCAGCUAUGCCCGCUGCUAUUUGGUCCGAAUGGGCGUGACUCUAACGCCCAGUAAGACAUACAUUAGGGAAAACUUCACCGAUUUGUUCCUAAUAUAUCCUCAGAUCUUUCGCUUUGUGGCCCGCUUCAACCUGCAUCCAGAGAUCGUCACCGCCAGCUCCUACCUACAGCUAUAUGCCCCAGCUUUUGACUACAUGCUCCUCUGCCUGGUUCACAAAUGCGAACUUCACACGCAGGAUAUGCUUAAUGAGUGCAAGCAACUGAAGAAUAAUGGAGCUAUUCUGAUGUCCAUUCUGAGUUCCUUUAAGGCAGAGUUCAUUGCCACAAAUGCAUUGGAAUUUAUAGAGCUGAUCAAUGCUUCUGAGACACCCGGAAUCUCCAAGUCCCAGUUGCUUCGAUCGCUGGGCAGCUGCGUUAGUAGCUGUGCUCCUCUGCAGGAGCAGCGGGUAUCCUUUCUUAAAGCGGCAUUUGAAACCAUUAAUAAGCUGACGGAUCCUAAUGAGUAUAUCAACUGUGUGGAGACUUGGGCCGUCUUUGUAUCCCAGUAUUUUACGAUCCAUGAGGUCAACCGACUGCUGGGCGAACUGAAUGCACGGAUGUGUCUGGGCAAAGCCUAUAAAAAACACUACUCGCAAUUGCAAAAUAUUUUAACCAGGAUAAUGCAAAACUAUCGCAGCAUUGAACUGCUACUAAUACAGCCUAAUUUUCUGCCCUACUUGGAUCUCUUCCAAAAAGAAUCGGUUAGAGUUGAAGUGUGCAAGAACAUCCUUAGUUUUUACAAACAGAAUAGUGAGGAAUACACCUGCGACGCAGUCGUUACGAACGCCUUGAUGUAUCUCGGAAAGAUUUUAAACGAUUCUGUAAAUGCCCUGUCCGUGGAGGAUGAGCGCCGCCAGAUUUCCCAGCUCAUCAAUGUCUUCAUUCAUAAAGUUCACUUUGGGCGCGACUUGGAGCAACAACUUAGUUUCUAUGUGGAGGCGCGGGGAACGUUUAGCAAUCUGGAUGCUGUCUAUGUGACUCUGGUUCAUGCGGCCUGCAAAUUAGCCACGCGCAAUCGUUCGAAGUCAACGGGUUUCAUCAAGGCCUGCAUCGCCUACUGCUUCAUUACCAUUCCCAGCAUUGGAGCUGUCCAGCAGCAAAUGAAUUUGUAUUUGCUCUGCGGUCAGCUGGCUCUGCAGCAUCUCUGCCUGGGGCAAGCCGAUGCUUGCUUUGAAGCCGCAUUGCAGUUGGUUAAUGACCUGCCCGCAGCCACCGUGGACUUCGAUGGAAAACCCCGUAGUUUGGAGCGCUUUCUGGUUUCGUACAUGUGCAAUGUGUUGGCCACAUUGAUCGUGGUGCCGGAUAGCCCGGAACAGGGAGUUCUGUAUUUCCUGCGUCUGCUGCUGGAGGUGGUUGGCAGACAUGAAUUCAAACCGGACAGCACGGCACCGAGCAUCAUCUAUCUGCAUUCCCUCGACAUGCUCUAUGUGCAGAGCCUGGAAAAGUUUCCUUAUCAUAUUGAAGGAGUGGUGUCCAAUGACGAUUUGUAUGGCCAUGAUCCCAAGUUCUUGCAGGAGGUAAAUAAUUUGUGUGCUCAGGUUGUCGAUGCCAUGCUGCUGCAGCUCAAAGCACUGGGAGUGGCCCAGCAGCAACGAUCGCAAGCGGAGCUAGCCCUGGAACUUUUCCUAAGGAUCGUGCGAUAUGCUGACUUGGAGAAAGAAACUAUAGCUCAAUUGGCAGUGAAUCUAUGGCUUCUGGCCAACAAGGCUCAAUCACAACUGGAUGUGAAGACAUUACCCCAAACCCUGCGCAGCGUAGAAAUCCUGUACAAACAAAUAAAGGAUGCUUCGCCCACGCGGGCUCAGGCUAUUGCCAAACUGCUCCUGCGCAUGCGCAACAGCUGAGGAGAAAUGAGCUUGUAAGAACUAUUUCUAUUCGCUGAGAUUAUAUAUUCUUAUGUGCAUUAAUCUUUUACGGAUUUAUUGCACAGAACCGCUAUCCCGCGUUUGUGCUUUUUCAACCUUGACAAGGAACUGAGAAAUUUUGUAUUACAUUUCUGUGCAAUUACGAGUAUAUUAUAUCGUUUAAAGACUUAUAUUUUGACCCGCAAACUCGAGAUAGUUUUACACAGAUAAUAAAAUGCAUAUUUAGUA